AUGCGUAUUCGCCUACAGCCUCGCAGGAGACCACAAGGUAAGCGACCCCCAGGUAAGCUGAAUGUUGCUUUGUUGUCUUUGCCUGCUCACCGUCUCCAUUUCAGCAAUGAGCUGGCUCAACGGCUAGACAGCCUUCCUAUCGCUGCCGCCUCCGACGACGCCGCCGCUGCCGAGAACGCCUCCGUGGAAAACCGCUGGUGUCAACUGCGAGACGCGGUCCAGUCGAUGGCGCUCGCCGUCCUCGGUCGCGCUCCCCGCCAACACCAGGACUGGUUCGACGACAACGACGCCGCCAUCAGAAAUCUGCUAGCUGAGAAGAACCGCCUACACAAAGCCUACGAAGAUCACCCCACGGAUGCCACCAAAGCUGCCUUCUACCGCAGUCACCGCCAACUUCAGCAACGACUGCGCGAGAUGCAGGACGCCUGGACUGCUCGCAAUGGUGAGGAGAUCCAAGGCUACGUGGACCGCAACGAAUGGAAGAACUUCUUCUCCGCGAUCAAAGCUGUCUACGGUCCGCCGACGAAGGGCACCGCUCCUCUCCUCAGCGCCGACGACAACACUCUCCUGACUGAGAAGACGUAA